GAUUGGCUGCCGAGAUGCUCUGUGCGUCACGUCUCGAGCGGAGGGGGCGUGGUCUGUCACUUGAGCCGGCAUGUCAGAGUCCCCGACGGUUAGUUUAUAUCGUACGUAAAACCUUCAAACAAUUAUUGUGUUUGUGAGAUGACAAGGAACAGGACAAUAUUAUAACAGCCUACAUACAUAUACAGUGGACGUGUCAGACUCAAAGUGCUAUAUUACGUUGUUAGACUCUGUGCUCGGAAUUAACACGGAUUAAUUACUUAUCAUAAUGAGUGACUCUGAUGAGAGCCGCGGAUCCCCUUUGGAGCAGCCGUCCACGGAACAGCUUCUGGACGCUGUCCGGGGGGCCGGAGCUGGUCUCCUGCAACAGGACGAUAGCAAGCUGAAUUCCGCAGAACUUGGCACACAGGGAUUGAACGUAGAAAAGUUCCCCAAACAGAUCCAGGAUGCAGUGUCACAAGUCUUAAAGGGAUACGACUGGUCCCUGGUACCCAUGCCCCAAAGAGGUCCAAACGGUGAGAAGAGGAAACCUCACAUCAAGAGACCUAUGAACGCAUUCAUGGUAUGGGCUCAAGCCGCACGUCGAAAACUGGCCGAUCAGUACCCUCAUCUACACAAUGCCGAACUUAGCAAGACCCUCGGCAAACUCUGGAGGCUUCUGAAUGAGGAGGAGAAGCGUCCAUUCGUGGACGAGGCAGAGCGCCUUCGGGUUCAGCACAAGAAGGAUUACCCAGACUAUAAGUACCAGCCGAGACGCAGGAAGCCCCUGAAAAGUGCUAGUGGAGGACAGACGGACGGGGGACAGGUUCCCCCUGGGCUCAUAUUCAAAGGUCUAAAUGAACGCUCCCCUUCCACCAUCAGUGACGGAGACUCGGGUAGUGACUGUUCCAACCAUAACCCGAACGGACCGCCUACUCCUCCCACCACACCCAAUCAGCACGACCUCAUCACACUCAAGUGCAUGCCAGACCGUCUACGUCACCGUCCUCACAUGCCAGGACAUCCGAUCGACUUCCGGAAUGUGGAUUUGCAUACAUAUCCUUCAGAAAUGGUCCUUCCCAUCGACAACUUUGACGACCAUGAAUUGGAUCAAUAUUUACCAACAACAGCAUCUCACAUGCCUGGUACGCAUGCGCCAGAACAAUACACUUCCUGUUAUGGGGCAGCUUCCGCCUCCACUACCACCUCGUCCUCCUGGACAUCAAACUAUCGCGUGUCAUCGUCUGGCAUGUGUCUGCCGUCCUACCCUCUGCCCCAAAAUACGGACGUUUCAUCCCCGUACGAUCUGUCUAAUCACUCGCCACAGUCGGCGACCAACGCUUCAUCUCAGUCGCCACCGAUGCACAGCCCCUCGUACCAACCGAAUACGACCGGAAGUACAGGGACUUGUAAGUACAUUGGUGAGGACGACCAGGCCACCGUCAAACUAGAGCCUUUGGGUGCCAGGUCUGCCCCCCGCCAGUCCCAGACGUCCUCACAGGGACAAUUUGACUCUUACAACAUUUCCCCACCCCCGCGCUACGAUAGUAACCACCACGGCAGCCAAUUCUCUUCUCAGCAUGGUUUCCUUCCGGCCAGCACCGCCGCGCAGCCCUACCAAUACAUGGGCGUGUCUCGCCAAAUGUUCAACCCUAUCCCCGCCGCCGUCCCCACUGAUCAGACAUGGAACCGGUUCACGUAACUCCUGACGUCACUGGGAUGUGCAGCACAUUCACCUUGGUUUGGACAUUACUCGCUCGACGUGUCUGAACUGGAUAUAUGUGGCGUGACCUUGUGAUCUCGUGCAGAACAAAGCUUUAUACCAAUUCCUAUUGGGGACAUACACAAUAAACUUUCUGCUACCGACUAGACAGAAAUACUAUACAGGUGUCUGAUAACUACUGUGGUACGCUAAGUGUACAACUAACCUACACCAUGACCAAAGUGAAAGUAGGACAGAGUGGUUCAUUUCCUCUGGGUUUACAUUACACAACAAAUAUUCUACAAAUAGGUUUUUAUUAUAUGUCUCUAUUUAUUUUCUAUUUGAUGGUCUCAAAGAGAAGUAUGUAUGUUUGUGAGAGGUCUGUGUCCUCGUCUUAUAUACUCAUUGUAUGACGUAUCCAACCAAAGUCCCGUUCUGAUGGAAGCAUUUGUAACCGGUGUUGACAUGUGACGUCUUAAUAUUUUGUUGUUUUCGUCAUCCUUCCAUGUUAAUUUACAUGAUUGGUGCUUACCUAUCACGUGCUACAAGAUGGCGAAGUCUCUAGCACUCGGUGCCUUCUUCAGAAAAUCAUUUUUGCAUUGUUAUUUAUAACUACAUAUACUCACCAACGAUACGAUUACUAUAGUGUUUUAGUUUUAGAACUAUUUUAUUUCAUAGAUGAACGGACUUUGAUAAAUUGUCUCUAUUUCUCACGCUGUGCCUUUGACCAAAGUACUUUUUAUAUUGUUAUUUAAGAAAGAAUGUUUUAAUGUAUGCCAGUGUCUAGGCCACAUUACCAGGUCGACUUGUGGUAGGACUUUUGUCUAGACCACAUUGCCAGGUCGACCCAUAGUAGGCCAUGCGUCUAAGCCACAUUACCAGGUCGACUUGUGGUAGGACUUUUGUCUUGGCCACAUUGCCAGGUCGACCCAUAGUAGUUUAUAUAUGUGCCUAUGCCACAUAGCCGGGUCGACUCGUGGUAGGACUUUUGUCUUGGCCACAAUGCCAGGCGACGUGUAAUAGGCCACAAUACCAAGUCGGCCUAUAAAAGGCCACAUUGCCGGGUCGUACCGUAAUAUGCCAUGUUCCCGAGCCACAUUGAUGGGUCGAUCCUUAAAUGGGUAACACUUUGCAAUAGGUAAAAAAACCCAGAUGGUUGUUUAUUUUAGAAUAUCAAUGGUAUAAGAACUCUUUAUGCAAUGUUUCUGUAUAACAUUUACAGUUGUAUGUAAAUAUUUUGUACAUAAUGAUUUAUGCAUUAAAUUCUUUUGAUAAAUUGA